AACCGGAUAUUCGGUUGGCAGCGUCCGCCCGGCCGGCAGAGGCCGGGACUCCCCAGGCCUUGGAGUCCUUCCAGCCGGGUGGCCCGGACCAGAGCGAGGCUCGAGCCGGGCGCGGAGGCCGCCGGGAGGAGCCGCCAUGGGGCCGCUGAUGGCCCGCCUGAGGCUCGGGCCGCGGCCGGCGCCGCUGAGGAUGACGGGCGGAGGCUGCGGGCGGAGGCGGCUCGGGGCCGAAGCGGGGCCCGGGCCCGGGGCCGAAGCGGGGCCCGGGCCCGGGGCCGAGCGGCAGUACCUGCAGCGAAGCAUCGUGCCCACCCUGCACUUCCAGCCGAGCCUGCCCAGGCUGCCUAUUCCCAAACUUGAAGACAGCAUGAAGAGAUACCUCAGUGCCCAGAGACCUCUUUUGGAUGACAGCCAAUUCAGGAGAACAGAGCAGCUCUGCCGGACCUUUGAAAGCGGACUCGGCAAAGAACUCCACGCACGGCUGCUUGCUCAGGACAAGCAGAAUAGACACACCAGCUACAUUUCAGGUCCCUGGUUUGAUAUGUACCUAUCUGCCCGAGACUCCAUUGUUCUGAAUUUUAAUCCAUUCAUAUCUUUCAACCCUGACCCAAAGCCAGAUUAUAACGACCAGCUCACGCGAGCGACUAACUUAACUAUGUCAGCCUUGCGGUUCAUGAAGACUCUUCGGGCUGGCCUCCUGGAGCCCGAGGUUUUCCACCUCAACCCUGCCAAAAGCGACACCGAUACCUUCAAGAGACUCAUCCGCCUUGUCCCUCCAGCCCUGGCCUGGUAUGGGGCUUACAUGGUCAAUGCCUACCCCUUGGAUAUGUCGCAGUAUUUUAGACUUUUCAAUUCCACUCGGCUGCCCCAGCCUGGUCGAGAUGAGCUUUUUACCGAUGAAAAGGAGAAGCACUUGUUAGUGCUGAGAAAUGGGAAUUUUUAUGUUUUCGAUGUCCUGGAUAAAGAUGGGAACAUACUCAAAGCCGCGGAAGUCCAUGCUCAUCUGAAGUACGUUCUGUCUGACAGCAGCCCCACUCCUGAGUUCCCUCUGGCAUAUCUGGCCACUGAAAACCGAGAUACCUGGGCAGGGCUGAGGCAGGAGCUGCUGAAUAAUGGGAAUAAGGAAACACUUGGGAAAGUGGACUCGGCCGUGUUCUGUCUGUGUCUAGAUGACUUCCCCAUCACAGACCUGGUCCAUUUGUCCCACACCAUGCUGCAUGGAGAUGGCAUCAACCGAUGGUUUGACAAAUCCUUCAGCCUCAUCGUAGCCAAAGAUGGGAAUGCUGCUAUCAACUUUGAGCACUCUUGGGGCGAUGGCGUCGCUGUGCUGCGAGUCUUCAAUGAGAUGUUUAAAGAUAGCACCCAGACCCCUGCCAUCACACCCCAGGCUCAGCCCACGCCCGUUGACUCCUCCAGGGCUGUGCAGAAACUCCAUUUCAGAUUGAACGAGACCUUAAAAGCCGGAAUCGCCAAAGCCAAAGAGAAGUUUGACUCCUCCAUGCAGACCCUCACUAUCGACAGCGUUCAGUUUCACAGAGGAGGCAAAGAGUUCUUGAAGAAGCACAAGCUCAGUCCUGAUGCGGUGGCUCAGCUCUCCUUCCAGAUGGCCUUCCUCCGACAGUACGGGCAGACGGUGGCCACCUAUGAGUCCUGCAGCACGGCGGCAUUCAGACAUGGCCGCACCGAGACUGUCCGUCCAGCUUCCGUGUUCACCAAGAAGUGUUCAGAGGCGUUUGUCAGAGAGCCUUCCAAGAACAGCACAGACCAGCUGAAGGAGAUGAUUGCCCAGUGCUCUAAGUACCAUGGCCAGCUGACAAGGGAGGCUGCAAUGGGCCAGGGAUUUGACAGACACUUGUUUGCCUUGAGAUACCUGGCCGCAGCUGAAGGCCACAAGCUGCCCGAGUUGUACCAGGACCCAGCCUAUGGGCAGAUCAAUCACAACAUCCUGUCUACCAGCACCCUGGCCAGCCCUGCCGUGAACAUCGGGGGCUUUGCCCCUGUUGUUCCUGAUGGCUUUGGCGUUGGCUACAGAAUCCAUGAAGACUGGAUUGGCUGCAAUGUCUCCUCCUACCCAGCCCGCAAUGUCAGGGAGUUCCUCCAGUGUGUGAAUAAGUCCUUGGGAGACAUUUUUGAUGUCCUAGAAGGUAAACCUGUCAGAAGUUAGCAGGAGAGGUUAGGGCUCUUUCAGCACCUAGUGCCUUUCUAGUGAUAACUGGGGAAGCAGGAGUUGGUAGGAACUGUUCUCUGAGCUUUAGAAUCAUGAAAUGCCCGAGUAACUAAAAUGGUCAUGUUUUAACUCUAAAAUCAUGAAUCUGACAAAAUGAAUGGGUUGUUUAAAGUAGGAUGGAUUGCACAAAUUCAACAGUGAAUCAUGACUUCUGGGGGCUUCUCUGUGGGUGGGAUUUGAGCUGGAUGGAGGAGACAUAUUCACUGUCUCUCCUUGAGGAAGAGGCUGCCAGCGCCUGCCUGGUUAGUGUGGAACAGGCCUGGUCAGGUCCCUCCGGGAAACCAUCUCAGUCUCUUGGUGAGAAUCCUGUGUCGUCUGCAUCAGGGGUCAUCUGCUGGGUCUUGGACAUUGAUACUCCUGCAAUAAACUCCUCUUGAAACCUGUGA